UUGCUUUUCUUGUAGAUGGCCAAAUCUGAACCUCGGGAAAGAAACUAUGACAACAUGGUAAAAAUGCUGGAGGACCUGAACAGGGAUUUAGAAAAACUUCUGGAAGAAAUGGAGAAACUAUCAGUGCAGGCAACCUGGAUGGCAUAUGAUAUGGUGGUUAUGCGUACCAACCCAGACUUGGCCAACUCCAUGAGGCGACUGGAAGAUGCAUUCCUGAACUGCAAAGAAGAGAUGGAAAAGAACUGGCAAGAGAUGCUGAAGGAAACUAAAGGCACUGAACAAAAACAGGAAUAAACAGUCCUCAUAUCGGUUGGUGAAAUUGCAACAGUUAGAUCAUUUCAGACUCAAUUUUUUCAGUCAUAAAAUAUCUACAGAUGCCUUACAAAUGGAUUAUCUUCUAGUUUAUUAAGCAUUA